CUCGCACAACGAAGUAACGGCUGACAUCCGUUUCCUUCCGCACUGGGAGAGGGAGUGAAGAUGGCGGCGGCCGAAUCUGAUCGUGAAGUACCUUCUGCUCUGUGUACUGAAUUCCUGAAUUUCUCUGUCAAAGACACAGCUUCGAAAUGGCUCCAAGUGACUGACCUGUACAAGGAGGUGUACCAUCACCUGGCCCGCUAUGUCCCAAAGAUCUACUGCCUGGGGCCCAACCUGAACCCCCAGAGUGAGGACUUGCUGGCCCAGAUGCUGCUGCAGGCCCCUCUGGAGUGGUACCUGUGUGGGGAGGACCCCUCCACGGGCCUGGCCAAGCUGGAGCAGAACAACCAGCCCUCACAGCUCUGCGGACACGUCUUCAAAGUGGGAGAGCCCACCUACUCGUGCAGGGAAUGUGCUGCAGACCCCACCUGUGUGCUGUGUAUGCAGUGUUUCCUGGGCAGUGUGCAUAAAGAACAUCGCUACAGGAUGACGACCUCUGGGGGAGGGGGUUUCUGUGACUGUGGAGACACAGAGGCAUGGAAGAAGGGCCCUUACUGUCAGAAACACGAGCCCAACAUCAGUGACUCCUGUCAGGAGGAUCCCCUGGCCCACCUCUCAACAGACAUGAUUGCCCGCUGCUAUAAUGUCUUCUCCGUUGUGCUGAAAUACGCCGUGGACAUGCUCACCUGGGACAAGGAGGAUGAACUGCCCCUGGGCCUGGAGCCUCCAGACCGAAGUGACACUUAUUACUGCAUGCUCUUCAAUGACGAGGUGCACACCUACGAGCAAGUCAUCUACACCCUCCAGAAGGCGGUCAACUGCACCCAGAAAGAAGCAGUCAGCUUCGCCACCACAGUGGACAGAGAUGGAAGGAAAUCUGUGCGCUUUGGCGACUUCGCUUUCUGUGAGCUGGCCAAGUCGGUCAUUGUGAGGAACACGAGUCGUCAGUCCAAGCCCCUGCGGGUCCAGGUAAUGCACUCCUCGGUGGUGGCUCAUCAGUGCUUCGCUCUCAAAGCCCUCCACUGGCUGGGCCACGUCAUAGGAUACUCAGAUGCUCUGAGGAGGAUCCUGUGUCAGGUGGGCCUCGAGAGGGGGCCAGAGGGUGAGAACUCCUCCCUGGUGGACACGCUCAUGCUCUGUGACUCCAAGAUGUGGAAAGGAGCCAGGAAUGUCUACCACCAGCUCUUUAUGAGCAGCCUUCUCAUGGACCUCAAAUACAAGAAGCUGUUUGCUAUCCAGUUCGCAAAAAAUUACCGGCGCCUCCAGACAGAUUUUAUGGAGGAUGACCACGAGCGUGUAGUGUCAGUGACCUCUCUGUCAGUUCAGCUCUUCACCGUCCCCACCAUGGCGCGGAUGCUGAUCACCGAGGAGAACCUGAUGACCACCAUAAUCAGGACCUUUGUGGACCACCUGCGCCACCGAGACUUGCAGGGCCGCUUCCAGUUUGAGCGCUACACCGCCCAGCAGGCUUUCAAGUUCCGCCGCGUCCAGAGCCUCAUCGGAGACCUCAAGUAUGUCCUCAUCAGUCGGCCCACAGAGUGGAGUGACCAACUCAGGGAGAAGUUCCUGGAGGGCCUGGACACCUUCCUGGAGCUGCUCAAGUGCAUGCAGGGAAUGGACCCGGUUGUGAGGCAAGUGGGCCAGCACAUUGAGAUGGAGCCUGAGUGGGAGGCAGCCUUCACCCUGCAGAUGAAGCUCACACACAUCAUCUCCAUGAUGCAGGAGUGGUGCGCUACAGAUGAGCGUGUGCUGAUUGAAGCCUAUAAGAAGUGCCUGACAGCCCUGACACACUGCCACAGUGGCUUCGCCGAUGGGGAGCAGCCCAUCACACUGAGCAUGUGUGGACAUUCUGUGGACACCAUCCGCUACUGUGUGUCUCAGGAGAAAGUCAGCAUCCACCUGCCUGUGUCCCGCUUACUUGCAGGUCUCCACGUUCUCCUCAGUAAGAUGGAGGUGGCCUACAGAUUCCCUGAACAGCUUCCGCUGAGUGAGCUAAGCCCCCCCAUGCUAAUAGAACACCCCCUUCGCUGCCUGGUGCUCUGUGCCCAAGUGCACGCUGGGAUGUGGAGGAGAAACGGCUUCUCAUUGGUCAAUCAGAUCUACUACUACCACAAUGUCAAGUGCAGAGUGGAGAUGUUUGACAAGGACCUCAUUAUGCUGCAGGCCGGCGCUUCCAUGAUGGAUCCCAACCACUUCCUGAUGAUAGUCCUGAGCCGCUUCGAGCUCUACCACAUCUUCAGCUCCGCCGACUGCAGGAAGAGAUACAACCGGGAGAACGUCAACAAGGAUGUGGUCCAGCAGAACAACACCCUAACGGAGGAGAUGCUGCACCUCAUCAUGAUGGUUGUGGGUGAGCGUUUUGAAGCUGGUAUCGGCCAGGUGGAAGGCUGUGACGAGAUCAAGCGGGAGAUCCUUCACCAGCUUUGUAUUAGACCCAUGGCCCACAGCGAGCUGGUCAAAGCCCUGCCUGAAAACGAGAACAAGGAGACUGGUAUGGAGAGAGUGAUCGACUGUGUUGCUUCGUUUAAGAAGCCUGGCGUGACAGGCAGAGGGCUGUAUGAGCUCAGGCCAGAGUGUGCCAAGCAGUUCAACCUCUACUUCCACCACUACUCCCGGGCUGACCAGUCCAAGGCAGAGGAAGCCCAGAGAAAGCUGAAGAGACAGAACGGAGAGGACACAGCCCUCCCUCCACCGGUGCUGCCCCCGUUCUGCCCGCUGUUUGCCAGCCUGGUGAACAUUCUGCAGUGUGACGUACUGCUGGGCAUGCUGGGAGCCGUGCUCCAGUGGGCCGUGGAGCCCAGCGCAGGACACUGGUCUGAGUCCAUGCUGCAGAGGGUGCUCCACCUAAUAGGCAUGGCUUUACUGGAGGAACAGCAGCAGUUAGAGAACAGUAGUGAGGACAACGACGUCUACUUCAACUUCACCCUCAAAAUGUCCCGUCCAGGGGAAGCCCCCAGUAACACAGCCAGUGUCCUGGCCCUCCUGGAGAACCUACAGAAUGCCCCUCAUCUGGAGGUCCACGAGGACAUGAUCCGUUGGCUCCUCAAGACGGUGGCCGGCAUCAAGACGAUGCGGGAGCGUAGCGCUUCCACUUCCACCGUGACCGCCAGCGGGAGCCGCGGUCAGGAAGAGACAGCGUGCGACAAGGACAAGGCGGAGAGGAAGAGGAAGGCGGAGAUGGCCCGCCUGCGAAGGGAGAAGGUCAUGGCCCAGAUGUCGGAGAUGCAGAGGCACUUUAUCAACGAGAACAAGGAGCUGUUCCAGCAGAGUCUAGAGGAGCUGGAUGCUUCCACCUCUACCUCACUGGAGCACAGCCCCGCGUUGUCAGACGCAGCCCUGGCAUGUGUGGGCCCCAGGCGGUCACGUCCCAGGGAGAAGAGGCAGGUUGUUACGUGUAUCCUGUGUCAGGAGGAGCAGGAGAUCCGGGCUGACGGCAAGGCCAUGGUGCUGGCUGCCUUCGUCCAGCGCUCCACCGUCAUGUCCAAGAACCGCACGAGACCACCGCACGACCCCAAGCGCUACGAUCCUCUCUUCAUGCACCCUGACCUGUCGUUCGGCACGCACACAGGCAGCUGUGGCCACAUCAUGCACUCUCACUGUUGGCAGAGGUACUUUGAGGCGGUGCAGGCCAAGGAGCAGCGGCGUCAGCAGCGACUGCGUGUCCACACCAGCUACGAUGUGGGGAACGGAGAGUUCCUGUGUCCGCUCUGCGAGUGCCUCAGUAACACCGUCAUCCCCCUGCUCCCCCGAACUAUGGGCUCCAGCAGGUCCACUGACAGUCUCCUCCUCUCCAGUUGUGAGCAGCCUGGCCUGGGUCAGUGGCUGAAGACCAGCGGUCAGCAGAUAAAGGCCAUGCACUCUGCCCACAGGAAACUCCAGCCCGUCAGUACCGUUGAAGAGACAGUGGAAGAAGAGUGCCCUGCGGUUUUCAAUGUGGACUACAUUCCCACGAAUCCCUACUCCAGCACCAUAAAGGAGAUGCUGACCACUUUUGGGACAGCGACCUACAAAGUUGGCCUUAAGGUGCACCCCAACGAGCAGGACCCUCGCAUCCCCAUCAUGUGCUGGAGCAGCUGUGCCUACACCAUCCAGUCCAUAGAGCGACUGUUGGUGGACGAGAAGAAGCCUUUAUUUGGAAGUUUACCUUGCAGACAGGACGACUGCCUGAGCUCCCUGGCCAGGUUCGGCUCGGCGUGUUGGACUGCGGCCUGUCAGCCCACCGUGCAAGGCCACUUCAUCCGACUGUUAGCAGCUUUGAUUCCAGACCCCCAGGUGGAGGCCUCUCCGUGUAUCCUGGACGUAGACAUGUUGCACCUGCUGGUAAGUGUGGUUCUGUCCUACGGGUCGGUCCACUCCCAGGACUCGUCAGGGCUGAGCGUGGACGCUGUCCAGCUGCACCUCUUCCACCUCAUCACUGUGGCUCACAUGGUCCAAAUACUACUCACUUCUGGCCCAGAGGAGGUGACCAUGGAGCAGGAGAGCGGCGAGGCGGAGCGGGGGGAGGAGGAAGGCGCCUGCCGUCUCUACAACACCCUCAGAACACACGUGGGCAGUUCCCUACCUGAGGUGGGCUCUGGUUGGCACCUGUGGCGGUGUGUGAAGACUGGCAUCCUGCCCUACCUGAGAGGAGCGGCGCUGUUCUUCCACCACCUCCAUGGAGUUCCUGCACCCCCAGAGCUGCAUGCUCUGUGUCCUGGUCAGUGGGAGGUGCUGUGCGGAUACCUCAGUCUGCCCUCCAACCUGCUGCAGCUCUUCCACGGUCAACAGGAGCUACUGGAGCCCUUACUGCAUGAGUGGUGCACUCACCCAGGUAUACAGCAGACCCUUCAGGGAGGUGGUGUUCUUGUGAGUUUCCCGCGGGAGUCCAACAGCCUGAUUGACCUACCAGAUGACUACAGUGCCCUCAUAAACCAAGCCUCCAGCUUCACGUGCCCUAAGUCGGGUGGGGAUAAGUCCCGUGCGCCCACCCUGUGCCUGGUGUGUGGCUCCAUGCUGUGUUCUCAGAGCUACUGCUGCCAGACAGAGCUGGAGGGAGAGGACGUGGGAGCCUGCACUGCUCACACCUUUGCCUGUGGAGCUGGAGUCGGCAUCUUCCUCAGAGUGAGAGAGAGCCAGGUUCUGUUCCUGGCUGGUAAAACUAAGGGCUGUUUCUACGCCCCUCCUUACCUGGACGACUAUGGAGAGACAGACCAGGGCCUAAGGCGGGGGAACCCAUUGCACCUGUGCCACGAGCGCUACCGUAAGAUCCAGAAGCUGUGGCGCCAGCACAGCAUCACCGAGGAGAUAGGCCAUGCCCAGGAAGCCAACCAAACCCUGGUUGGCAUCGACUGGCAGCACCUGUGAUGUCUUAGGUCACAUCUACCGGAGUCGGACACAACCCUUCUCCAUAUGAAUGGGAAGGGGGGGCACGGCACAUGGGGGUGCGGAAUGGUUGUCAAGGCAACACAGCCCCACCUCUUUCGCUCCUCCCCCCCAAUUGGAGAAGGGUGUAUGUGUCGCCCCCCCCCCUUUGUCUGAGAGCGGAUGAAUGCAUGUAGGUUUUUCUCCUUUUCUUUUUGCUGUUUCUCCCUUGAAGAAAUUUAAUAUAAAAGUGUGUGUGUGUGUACACACACACACAUCGCUCUCAAGCAUAUAGCCGACGCAUGGACUGGCACCCAUAGCACCCAUGGACUGGCACCCAUAGCACCCAUGGACUGGCACCCAUAGCACCCAUGGACUGGCACCCAUGGACUGGCUCGGGUGUAACAUGAAUACUCAGAGUAUAACUUCUUUAUAGGAAUGCUAUUUAAUUUCUGCCUAUUCAAACACCAUUAAAUUAUUUCUAAGGUAGAUGGCUGACGUAUUGGUUUAUUUACAGUUGGAUUUGCUUUGAUGCUGAACAGUUUUGACUAAGCACCAGGUUUUCCUUCUUGCUCUUGUCAGCCAGUGACAGCUCAUUUCAGAGUUUGGGACACAAUCUCAUCAGAUAGGUGAGGUCAGAUUGUGCCCCUUACCAGUAUUGGGAUCCAUUCUAUUUAAAUUUCAACCCAAGAGCUGAAAAAUCCUUAUUGAAAAUAAAUGGUGCUUUUCAGCUUUCGAUUUGGAAUUUCAAAUAAAGUCCUGAAAUGUAUUGACCCCCCCCCCCCAUUAGUUACUUUCUCCAGUCUGAUGGACACCCACACCCUGAUGGACACAGUACUCAGAGAAUACAAGCCAAUGUAAGGUAAGUUUGGUAACACACUGGUGUGAAUGUUUGUGUUUUUGUGUUUUACUCCUGAGUGCCUGUGUUCUGGUUUUUAAAUUUGUCAGGGUGGAUGUUGGAGUGUGUUAAGUCUUUUUGCAGGUUGAGUAUGUGCGCUUUGUAUUUUAACACUAUUUAAAUGAACCCCUUAGCCCACAGAUAUGAGCCCUUUUAAGGCAAGGCUGUCCCUUCCUUUUUUGCUAAUGUGUGUGAUUGGUUGAAGUCAUUUUUAUCUGAUAUGCAUUGAUGGUGUUUGUUUUGGUAAUUGUUUUUGUAUUGUACAUUUUUUUUAUGUUCAGCAGAAACAUUUUUUUCUGUAUGAGAAGAGAAUGCAGAAACAUAUCCCUCUACCUGUUUUUUAAAAUAAACCCACUGAUCCAUAUACACAUUAUAUAUAUUAUAUAUAUGGACCAGUGGGUUUGCCUGACCCGACCUGGAAUAAAACUAUCUUAGUUCAUUUUUUGGUCAGAUAAAAGUCUUAGCCCUCUUAAGGUUGCCUCUGCACUGUACCAUUUUUCUACGGCUGGGUGGACUGACACAUUGGGGCAAAUAUCGUCCUUAAGGCUCGGAAACAGAAUAGAUUAGACAGGCUCACAAGGCACUUUAGAGGAAUGAACACACGCAAGCGCACACACACACACUGCUCUUUGAUGCAGGUUCUCUCUGAUGCUGGGACCUGAAGCUCCAUAUUCUUCAUCCCAUCACUCCGUUGGCAUGUUUUCCUGGUAACCACCCCCACCCCAUUCUUUGACACGCUCCCAAUAUCGAGGCUGUAUUAUUAUUAUUAUUAUCGUGUCAGACUUGUUAAUAUGUGAAUUACUGUAUAAAUGAGUACAUUGUACUAUAUUGUAAAAGAAUACCAAAAUAAAUCAAAAGGAAAAGGAA